AUGAAAAAAGAAGAGGUACAAGAAAUAUUUCUUAAAUUUCUCCGAGAAGAAGAAGAUGUAUCUGCUGGAGUUGCAGCUAUUAAAACCUUGUUGACUGUCAUAGAAAAUUAUAAAGUGGCUACAGUCCGCGAGUUGGACCUCAAUCUUCAAUUAGCGGUGGAUGCGAUGAGACACUGUGAUCAACCUGUCGCUGCUAUAUCCUCGGGGUGUGAACUAUUUAUGAGAUUUAUAACAUUAGCCAAACUUGAUGUUAAGUCAUUUGAAGAAUGUGAACAAAUUAUGUUACAAAGAGGUCGGAUAUUCUUAGAAACUUUAUUAGAAGCUAGAGGAAAAGUUGCCAAACAGGCACUCCCAUUUAUAGUUGAUGGCUGUAAAAUAGUAACCCAUUCAAGAUCAAGGGUUGUACUUCAAGCUAUGAUAGAAGCUGCUAAAGCCAAUAAAAGGUUCCAAGUAUAUGUCACAAUAUCGAGUCCGGAUAAUAGUGGUAUUCGUAUGCACAAAGAAUUGGAAGCCGCUGGAAUAGAUGCUACAUUAAUCCUUGACGCGUCUUUGGGAUAUAUUCUGGAACAUGCAGACCUUGUGAUGCUGGGAGCAGAGGGCGUUACUGAGAGUGGAGGCAUUAUUAAUAAGAUCGGUACAUACGGUUUAGCAAUGGCAGCGAUGGAACUCAAAAAACCGGUUUACGUUUUGACGGAAAGUUUUAAAUUCUCAAGAAUAUAUCCUUUGAAUCAACGAGACUUGCCGAAUGAGUUCAAAUAUUUAUCUAGUGUGUUAAAAUCUGGUGAUUUAUCAAAACAACACCCUCUAGUUGACUACACGCCCCCAGCUUAUAUAACAUUACUUUUUACUGACCUUGGACUAUUAACUCCAUCAGCCGUUAGUGACGAGCUCAUCAAAUUGUAUUUGUAA